AUGGCCGUGCCGACGCCUCCAAUCCCCCCAGUCUCGCCAGACUCGGGCCCUACCGAUCCUACGCUACCCAAGCUUCCCGCGGGAUGGAUAGCCCAGUGGGACAAUACAUCCCGAAAGUACUACUAUGUCCAGAUCAGCACUGGUGUUUCGCAAUGGGAGCUACCCACUAGUGAAGCGCCUAUAGGCGGCAGUUCGAACCACAGCACUCCUGCACAGCACACGAACCCAUACAGCAGCCCAGACGGCACAUCAGGACCAGGCGCAAGCGACGGAACAAGAGGCAUGGGCGACGGACAAACAGGCGACAGGGGAGGCGGAUUGGGCGGCUUCGCCAUGAACGCGCUCAUGGGAGGCAACAAGCAAAACAACGGUGGCCACGGUGGUAGUGGCGGUGGCGGCGCUGGGGGCCUCGUCGGUCAACUCGCUGGUUCGCUGCUUGGAGGUGGAAAGCAAUCUGGAAACUCUUCCGGCGGCCACGGUGGCAGCGGUAGUGGUGGAGCUGGAGGACUAGUCGGCCAACUUGCCAGUGGUCUGCUAGGUAGUGGCAAGCAGCAUGGAAACUCUGGAGGGCAGCAAGGUGGCAACUCUGGCCAUGGUUCGAGCGGUGGUGGUCUUGCCGGCGGCCUUGGAGGCAUGCUCAGCGGCGCGUUGGGCGGAGGAGGAUCUCACGCCAAGCCGAACAACGAUUACGGCUAUAGCGGCUCUGGCGCCCCAUCAGGUGGAUCGUACACUGGCACUGCGCCGCCCUCCUCGUACAACCCCGGUUCUCAGUACGGCGGUGGUCCUCAAGGUCACCCGGGCCACUCAUCUACCCCCGGACAGUCGUACGGCCAAGGACAUGGAAACCAGGGACAGGGACAGGGACACGGUGGCUAUGGCUCGCAACAACAUACUCCACAGCCACAACAGGGACACGGUUAUGGCUCACAGGCCGGUUUCGGUGGACAGUCUGGUUAUGGUGGACCAGCUCCUAGCUACGGUCAGGGAUCACCAUCGUCAGGUCCUGGCGGCUACGGCCAGCAAGCGGGAUACGGAGGUCCUGCAUAUGGCGCUCCUCCUGGCCCCUACGGCGGCCCAGGAAACUACGAUAACCACCAGCACAACCAGUAUGGUGGCGCCCCAACACACCAGAACCAGUACGGCGGAGGCCAACAGUAUCCUCCACCUCCAGGUCAAGGAGGCAACUACGGCGGCCAACAGGGUCACCACGCGCCCCAGCCCGGCUGGCAGUAA